AUGUUGUCUCUUUCAGAAAAAGCCUCUUUCAUUUUGGAAAGUAAAUUUGUAACUCCUCAGAAGCAAGCAGCAGAGGUGACUCCCUAUCUUUGCACACCAGACACCUUUAAGUCACCUAUGAACUUUUCCACUGUAACUGUAGAGCAGUUGGGAAUUACACCUGAAAGCUUUGUGAAAAACUCUUCAGGCAAGUCAUCGUCCUACCUUAAAAAAUCCAGACGCCGCUCUACUGUUGGUGCUCGGGGUUCUCCUGAAACAAAUCAUCUUAUUCGUUUCAUUGCUCAGCAGCGGAAUUUGAAAAAUGCAGCAAAAUCUCCUUUAGUGCACAGUUCCCCUUUUCAGAGCAGCCCUGGUCUAUAUCGAAAUGUCAAUUCUUUAAGGGAGCGAAUAUCCGCCUUCCAGUCAGCUUUUCACUCCGUAAAGGAAAAUGAGAAAAUGACUGAAAUCUCAGAGGCAGAAGGAGAGUUUGAGACAACAGACCAGACCAAAAAACGAAGUGUUGGUGAGUGUCAACAGUGUGAGUUCCCUGCAAAGUUGUCAUCUAAACGUCGGAGACUAUCCUCUCAGAGCAACUCUGAAGAGAGUCUGACUGAUGUGCUUGACCUCCAGACCUUCAGUGCUGUUACUUCUGCUGAUACAGACAGAGCAUGUGCUGCCGAGACGUCGCUUGCCGAGUUUUCUGAGAAAUCUUCUGAGUCUUGUUUAACACAGUCUGGAUAUUUGGUUGAAGAGCCUGUUCCAUUUUUAAAUCUCAGAGAGGCUUCUAGUGGAGUCAAGGUUGUGACCUGUGCAGAGGACAGAGAAGCAAGUGCCGCAGUUUCCCUUGGCAGAGUCAGCGAAGUGAGCACAGACACAGGCCCUGGAGUCAAGUCCGCAGUUGCUCCAUUGUGCAAGAGAGACAUUCCAUCCUCGGAACCCUUUGUACUUCGUUCUGUGCUGAAGAAACCCUCCGUGAGACCAUUUCAAGAAAGCUUGCAGGAACACUGUGACAACCUCUGUGAAGGUGGGACUCAUCCAAACUUAACUGCAACCCUUGUGAACUGUUGCAAAGAACAAAAGGCAGACGGUCAAGAAAAUUAUAAAGUACCAGCCUUUCUAAAUAUGAGGAAGAGGAAGAGAGUCACUUUUGGAGAGGACUUAAGCCCUGAAGUAUUUGAUGAGUCUUUGCCAGCAAACACCCCAUUGCGCAAAGGUGGAACACCUGUUUGUCAGAAGGACCUCAGUGGCCUCCGUCCCCUGCUACUCGAUCAGUCUCCAGUUCCCGAACAGUUACUGCAGCCAAACUUUGAUGACAAAGGGGAGAAUCUCGAGAACAUAGAACCUCUGCAGGUGUCAUUUGCAGUUCUGAGUCCACUUAGUCAGUCUUCAAUCUCUGAGACACUUUCAGGCACUGAUACCUUUAGCUCCUCAAACAACCAGGAGAAAAUGUCCACUUGUAAAGUUGGUACAGUAACACGGACCUCUAAGAGAAGAAGUCAAUUGAUCAGUUUUACAGAAGAGACUGUUUGCAACUUACUUAACACAGAAGCCCAACCUUGUAAAGAAAAGAAAACUAGGAGGAGGAAAUCUCAAGAAAACCAGGGCAAAGCUAGAGCACCUCCCAGAAGGAGUCAGGCUUUAAAAGGCUGCAGAAAGAAGAAGGGAAAGGGCAAGAAAACUGUUCAGAAGUCUUUAUACGGAGAAAGAGACAUUGCUUCGAAGAAGCCCCUCCUGAGUCCGAUCCCUGAGCUGCCCGAGUCCUCCGAGAUGACACCUUCAGCUCCCAGCACCCGAAGGCUGGGUUCAGAUGAUUUCAACUCAGAUGGUGAACUGGAAGAAGCGCAAGUUCUUAAAAGAAAGAAUCAUUUGCCUCAGAAUUCAAGCGAUGCCCAAUUUAAGGUUUUUAACCCGCACGAAGUGUCUGAAUUCUGUAGCUCCAAUAUGCAAAGCUACUUGCCUCUUGUUAGUGAUACUCUUGAUCAAGAUGCAAAUAUAAAUACUAUAGAAGUUAAUGGAAAUAAAAAUAUUCCAAACGCAGAAAUUAAGUUGGAAAGUGAAAAUGAACUCCAGCCUGGGGCAGAGCAUGGAAACAGUCAGAUUUCUUGUACUGUGAUGGACCAACACAUCAUGUCAGACUAUUCAAAAACUGGUUUUACUGAGCAGUCCCAGGAAUUUGUUGCUGGGCAAAAUGUGGGAAAUCCUUUCCAAAGUUUUAAAAUUUCAGAAGAUAAAAACAUAAAAUGUGAAAAACAGGAUGACUUACUAGCUUCCGAAGGAGAACUGCACCCCCAGCAUUUAAUGCUUGACUCACUAAAAGAAUUUGAUUGUCCAGACGGUGUCAGCAUUGACAGUAUAAAAGAAAGCCAAAGUGGAAGGGAGGAAUUGGGAAGAAACAACCCCAAAAGUAGCAGUAGUGUGAGUGGUAGAGAGAGGAAGCAGAGACGACGCUCUGUGUGCUACUCCCACGGCCAGAGUUUGUAUUGGGAGAAAAACGAAAAUCACCAACCGUGUGUGAACGGCGCUAUAGAAGCUGGCUUAGAAAAUGACGAAGUGUAUAAAGAGCUGUCUGACUGCAUAGAGCAGACCUUCCAGAGGACAAACAGGGGCACACAGGUCAGGCGGAGCACCAGGCUGCAAAAAGAUUCAGAAAAUGAAGGGCUUGUGUGGGUUUCCCUUCCCCUUCCUGCUGCUUCCUGCACGUCCCAGAAAACCAAAAGGAGAACCAUAUGUACAUUUGACAGCAGAGGGUUGGAGAACCUGUCCUCCAGAAAAGAAACUCCAUCCUCUAGACAGAAACCGUGGAUGCCGCCCUCUGACCUGGGGAAGGAGAACAGUGCGGGCGUGACUGCCAUUUUGUCCGACGUCCCAGGCAAGAGGAGGAAGAGCUUCUGUACAUCCACACUUUCAAGUACUAAAAAUACUACUCAGGCAAAAUCCUACAAACAGAGAACCUCUCUCAGCCAGAAGCGAGAAAACUCUCUAAAGGACCUAUCAGAGGUGUAAAGACAACUGACGUUUGUUGCUGACACUUGA